CUCUUUGCCGUGCGUUUGCGUACAUGUUCUACUGCAGAUGGCGAUGGCAUCGUUUCCCUUCCUUCAACUCAAAAUGGCAUCAUUUUAGCAAUCGAUUUGCACCAUUUGCGUGGGAAUUUUUUUGAUCACUGAUAAGAUGGCUUAGUAAGUCUGCGCUUUUCCACCAAAUUGUGGGGUCGAUGAAAGUAUUUGGUGGGGUGUCCUUUUGGGUUUUCCCCCAUUUCCUACUAGCGUUUUUUUUAACAGAUCUGCAGGAAUUUCUUGCUCGGAUUCUCUCGAAUUUCUUUGCUUGAACACUACCCUUUGCACUGAUCCACACAGCCUGCAGCAGGAUGCACACUCACAACCAGCAACAUACCCUCCCGCCGCCGACAGAGGACAUCCCGGAACUGGCAAACGGCGUAACAAAGACGCCAUUCUUUGAAGGAGAAUACCCUACCCCGCAGCCCAGCUCCUCUUCCCUCUGCGAUAGUCUGAUAACUCCACCUGUUUCCAAGUACCGAGCAGCCACGGAAUGUGUAUUUGUCGAACCCGAGAGCGGCAUACGGGAUGUCUACAAUGCGAGCUCGGUGCCCAUUUAUCAAACAGCAACCUUCAAACAGUCAGCCGCGAGUGAAAUGGGAGAGUAUGACUACACGAGAAGUGGGAAUCCAACACGGACACAUCUCGAGGCUCAUCUUGCAAAGCUCAUGUCAGCCAAACGCGCCUUUGCCGUGUCGAGCGGAAUGAGCGCACUGGAUGUGAUAUGCCGGCUGGUAAAUUCGGGCGAGGAGAUCAUCGCUGGGGACGAUCUUUACGGAGGAACAAAUCGUCUCUUGACAUUCCUCCGCACGCACAACAACAUUACGGUCCACCACGUCGACACCACAUCCCUGGCAGCCAUCAAACCACGCCUCUCACCAAAGACUCGCCUUGUCAUCCUUGAAACUCCAACCAACCCUCUCAUCAAGAUUGCGGAUGUGACAAGCAUCAGUAACACUGUACAUGAACAGUGUCCUGAUGCCAUUGUAGUCGUGGAUAACACCAUGAUGAGCCCGUAUCUCCAGAAACCGCUGCUACAGGGUGCAGAUAUUGUCUAUCACUCUGGGACAAAGUACUUGAGCGGACAUCACGAUCUGAUGGCGGGAGUCAUCGGAGUCAAGGAAGAAACCUUGGCGGCGAAAGUUUAUUUCAUGAUCAACGCCACAGGUUGUGGUCUCGCACCUUUCGAUUGCUUCCUCCUCAUGCGUGGAGUCAAGACCCUCGCUUUGCGGAUGGAUCGGCAGCAAGCAAAUGCUAUUCGCAUCGCAGAAUAUUUGGAAAGCAAAGGGCUCAAAGUACGAUAUCCUGGACUCAAAAGUCACCCACAUUAUGAACUACAUCGUCGCCUGGCUCGGGGGCCUGGCGCUGUUUUGAGUUUCGAGACGGGAGAUAUUGAAAAGAGUCGCAAAGUAGUGGAAGCAGCCAGGUUAUGGACCAUUAGCGUCAGCUUUGGUUGUAUCAAUUCACUCAUAAGGUAA